CAACUAAAGUUUAUGCACACUCCCCAUCAGUUCCUACUUCUUAGCAGUCCACCAGCCAAAGAAUCCAAUUUUCGAGCUGCUAAAAAUCUCUACGGAAGUACCUUUGCAUUUCAUGGUUCACACAUUGAAAAUUGGCAUUCCAUCCUGAGGAACGGCUUAGUUGUUGCUUCCAAUACGAGGCUGCAGCUCCAUGGUGCAAUGUUUGGAAGUGGAAUCUACCUUAGUCCAUUGUCAAGCAUAUCAUUUGGUUACUCAGGGAUGAACAAGAAGCAGCAGAAGGUGUCAGCUAAAGAUGAACCAGCUUCAGGCAGUAAGGGCAGCAAUACAUCACAGGUACAGUACCUCAGCCGUCUCUGGAAGAUUUAUGGUUUUAUGCUUGGGAACUUGAUAGCUCAAGAGGAG